GCCGGCAUUCGCGUAUACUAUACUUGCGCCGUCCGUCGUCUGCUCCUUCCGUUUAUUUGCGUCCGUCGUUUUUUGCUAUACACCGAGCGUACCAUUAUGUUCGACGGCGGAUAAGUGCAUCGCGCGGCGUAACAAGGAAAGCAAGAAUAAUGUUGUUAUACACAUUGAUCGGCGGCUACAUGCUGACCUCGAUGAUACUGUUCAAGUAUCCCACCCUGCUGCACAAGAAGAAGAAGGUGAAGUUUUUGUGUCAACACAUCAGUCAUCGGGGUGGUGCCGGAGAAAGCUAUGAAAACACGAUGUGCGCGUUCAAACGAGCAGUAGCUAUUGGAACACAAAUGUUGGAAUUAGAUUGUCAUCUUACGAAAGAUGGCGAAGUAGUAGUUUCUCAUGAUCACAAUCUUUUACGCAGUACGGGCAUAGAUAAAAAUAUUUCUGAAUUGGAAUACAAGGAUUUACCGCUUUUAAAACAACGUUUACCAAUUGAUUUUGAUCCAGAUGUGGAGUAUAUUGGUUCAGCGAAAGAAGAGGAUCGACGAUUUGCAUUGUUACGAGAAGUUUUUGAAGCAUUCCCCAAUAUCCCUAUUAACAUUGACAUUAAGAUCAAUAAUGAUCGGCUUAUAUCCAAAGUUUCUGAUCUUAUAAAAGAAUACAAUAGAGAGGAGUAUACAGUUUGGGGAAAUUUUAGUGAUGAAGUCACACAGAAGUGUUACAAAAUGAAUCCAAAUGUAAACUUGCUGUUUUCAAUGCAACGUGUGACGAUGUUAAUACUUCUUAUGUAUACUGGCUUGUUACCAUUUGUACCAUUAAAGGAAACGCAUCUUGAAAUUUUCUUGCCUUCAAUUUAUUUGCGACGAAAAGGUGGUCCGAGUCCAACAUUUUUACCACUGGAAAAGUUGGUAGUACGUACGAUUAACGUACUAUUAAUGAGACCGUGUUUAUUUAAUCACUUAAGAGCACGAGGCAUACAUGUUUACUUUUGGGUUUUGAAUAAAGAUGAAGAAUUUAAAAGAGCAUUUGAUCUGGGAGCAACUGGUGUAAUGACAGAUUAUCCAACAAGAUUAAAAUUAUUUUUAAAAAAACAUACAAUAGAAUGAAGUACAUGAUAGAUUUCCAAAGAUUACACAUCAUAUAACAAACUGUUGAAAAACUUCGCGGAUCUGUUUAUAUCUGUGGGGAAAUAUCUGCCAUGAUGAGCCAGAAAAUAUUUAAGCUAUACAGUAUAAAAAGUAGUAUAUUUUUUAUAAGCAAAGCAAAAAUAUUUGCUUAUGUUCUGUGUAUAAAUGCCAAUUUGAACGAAUUUUGCCACAAUUGCGUCAGCCCGUACAAAUCGAUUCAUUAGUGAAAUUACGUAUACAAUGUACAAUGCGCUCGCAUACGAUAAUUUUAUUGUUACAUUGUAGUCAUGUGGGUAUCAUGGAAUAAGAUUGCUCUGGCCUCGUAAAUCUUUAUCCGCUUUUUUUUCAUCUUUUGCUUUAUCAAAAGACAUAUCUAGAAGCUUUUUUGCCUUUUAAUUUUGUUGUGAUUAGUUUUGAAGCACAAGCACAAUAUCCUAAUUGAAUCAGUAUUGACAGUUACCUUACGUAGCAUAGGCUACCAAGUGAUAUCUGUGCAAUUAGUGGUUUGUUUUAAUAGCCCAAUUUUUAUACGUAUAUAAUUGUAACGCGCACUUCUAUGUAAUUUGCUUAGAAUCUAUGGUCUCAGACUCCAUAUUAUUAUUAUCUUUAUUUACGGGAUAGGCAUAUUUUACCUCCAUAUGAUAAAGAAAAAACGAAUAUUCUCUAUCAUUCAUUUUUCUUCUAACGAUUUUUUUUAUAAUAGUCUUCCACACUUCGAUUUAUUGUAAGAAAACAAUUUGCACACAUUGUAAAAAGAGCAUGCAUGCAUAUCCCAAUUUUUGGUACAAAAUAUUGAUUACUAUAUCUCUCUGGGGCCAGCGUUAACUUAGCCCGGCAUUUCAAUGCUUUGAAUAAUAUAUAGGUUGCGUUCGCUUUGGCGCUCACAACGCUUGUAAGCAUUAUUGUGCAUCCUUGUUUAAUAUUUGAUAAAUAAGAAAGAUAAAAUAAAAUGCUUAAAGUGCUGUAAGUGCAUAAAAGCAAACGCAGUCUAUGUCUAAUCUAUGGUGCAUUUGUUAAAUAAGUUUUAAUCUUCAUAAUUUCAUGAAGAGACGACAUUUUAUGUGAGAAGAGAAAAAUCGAGCUACGCAGAUCGUGAUAUGUCCUUAGUAUAUAUGGGUGUGAUAUAAGGAAAUCCUUUUUCAUAAAAAAAUGAAUGUGAUAAAAGUCUGUGUCUCAGUCUCGUAAUAUUGAGCAUCUCUGAAAUCGAAUGAAAUUCUAUCAGGACUAAUUUUAUUGAAUAAAAAAAUACAUUUAUGUAUUUGUGCAAAUAUUGAAUUUGACGAGUAUGAUAUUUAUACUAUAUUUAUGAGAUAGUCACAGCAUAAUAACCAGUAUUAACGUCGUAUAAUAACUUAAUAUAUGUAGGAUAUACUUCACAGGAGUAAUCAUUCUUCAACGCUGCGCAUCUCCAUCCCUGAAGCAUAUCCUACAUAUUAAGUUAUGUCAUGUUUUUGCAUACAGGGCAUUUUACAAUUAAUAUAACUCACAAUUGUCUAUGGAUAUCUAUAUGUUGAAUAUAUGUACUUUUUUAAUCUUUUAAAUGUAGAAAUACAUCGUACACCCUAAAUAAACGAAUAUUAUGUUAAUGACAUAUUUAACUGCAGCUCACAUUUAUAAAAAGUGUAACGAUAACAUCUUUUCUAACUUAUUGUAUGUAUAUUAUAUCUAAUUUAUAUAUUUAGGCUGUUUUUAUAUAUAUAAAAGAUCUGUGUGUACAUGUGCGAUUAUAUAUGUAUACAAUAUACAUAUUCAGAUAAAAAGAUAACAAUAUAAAAUUACGAGACGUGGAGAUAUCAAUAUAAAAUAUUUAUGGUUAUAAAAAAUAAGAAAGAUUAUACAUUGUAUGCUGUUUUACGAAAUACGGUUAUAAAAUGCAUGUGAUGUAUGUUAUCUUUAUUUCAUAUGUUUAUAAUCUCAAUUUACCAAAAUCAUUAUUAGAAUUUUUAAUGACAAUUAUAUAUUUACAAAUGUAGUAUUUUGAUGUAUUUCAGUAGCAUAAAUAUUCUUUUAUUUAUGCUAUAAAGAAAUAUGUAAAUUAUUUAUUGUAUGGAACAAGUUCUCUUGUUUCAUUUAAAUAACAAUGAUGAAAAAAAAGAAAUGACUUAUAUGAACUAAGUGUUUACUUGAUAUUUGUUAAAUUUACAAAUUUAUAUAAGUAUAUGUAUGUUUCAGAGAGAGAAAUUAUGUAUGUUUAAGUAGAUUGUCUGUUUGACUGUAAGUGUACUUCAGGAGGGAAGGAUUAAAUAAAUAACAUACCAAAUUUUGUUAAGAUUACUUGCUUCUAUUAAAUAAUCAAAGUAUAAUGUAUAAUUAAUAUAUUGAAAAUGUUUUACAAUGAAUGUUAAGUAUAGAAAAAUAAAUGCAACUAUGUACAAAUUCAUGUACCUUUGUAUUUAAAUUAACUUUUGUGUAUUUAUAAAGCUCAAAGUUUAUAAUAUAAGUUUUCAUUCUAUGUGAUAAA